ACAAGGCCCCCCUGGAUGUCUGCACUUGGGAAGCCCCCCCCGCCCUCGCCCCCGCCCCAGGGCCGCUGCCUGCCCGCCUGCCCAGAAGCGUGAUGGCGAGCCUCCGAGUCGGCCUUGCUCAAGUCAGGGCCUGGGGAGGGUUUUUCAAAAAUUAAACCUCUGGAACGCGGAGCGGCUGCUUCAGCCCAGCAAGUGGCGAGAGGGAGCAGCCCGCCGCGGGCUGGCGAGCCGGAGGAGACCUCCGCCCGGGGGCCCCUGGCUGGCUGCGGCAGGCGGGCGCGCUGCUAGUUCGGGCAGCUCCGAGGAGGCACGCCUCGCAGGCGCAGCAACCCCCCUCCGGGAGCCUCUCGGCGGUGCGCGGCACGUGCGCAGGAAAGCGCAGCCGCCGCCGCCGCCGCCUGGUCCUGCGGUUGCGGCGCGGCUCUGCCAGCAGGCGGGGUGGUGGCGGCGGCGGCCCCGUGGCGCGCCUGCCAGGCUCGUCGUCCUCUCCCGCGGCGGCGGCGCCAUGGGCUCUCGGCUCAGCCGGCAGAGCAGCCUGGAGGAGGACGACGAAGACGACCCGCCGGGGGCCCCCAGGAAGGCGAAGGCGGCGGCGGCUCCGCGGCGGCGCAGGGGGGACUUCGCGCUGGCCUCGCUGCUCCGCGCCGGCGGCGGCGGCUCCCAGAAGCUGCCCGGCGUGCUGCGGAAGAGCUGCCCGCUGGCGGCGGCGGCGCCCUACGUGCGGCGGCUGGGCUGGAUCCGCGAGAUCCAGGCGUCCCUCCGCGAGCACCGGCGCGACCAGGCGCUGCACGUCCUCCGGCUCCUGCGCAAGGACCUUGGGCUAGAAGGAACGUUCCUCAAUGAAGUCCUCUACAAGAAUGCCGCUUUCCUUAACCUUGUGGAUCCCAUCUCCCAUGACCUCCUGAUGAGCCUCGCAAGGGACCUGCAGUGCCCCAAAAAGGAGUACGACCCCUGGAAGUCGUCGGACCGGAUCUGCCGGCAGCUGAUCUAUCACCUGACUCCUCAUUCGAAGUGGCACCGUCCUGGAGUCCCUCGCAGGAAGUCUCAGGCGAGCCUGAAGAACAGUUUACAGAAGAAGUUGAGCCAAGAUGCUGUGGAUCUGUCGGGGAUCCCUCUCUCCAUGCGGGACGUCCACCGCAUGGCCUAUUACCUGCAGAACAACGGUGGCAACCUUCGCACAGUGGACCUGAGCUUCACCGACCUGACCGACGACAUGAUGCGCUUGCUGCUGCCGUUUCUGUGGCCGCUGCCCAUCCUCACCCACCUCUCCCUCAACGGGAACCGCCUGACCCGCACCACUGUGAAAGAGCUGACCGACGCCAUGAAGGACCUGAACAAGUUCCCCUUCUUGGCCUGGAUCGAUCUGGGCAACAACGUGGACAUCUCCUCCAUGCCGCAGCCCCUGCUGGUUGGCCUGCGGAAGCGCCUCAGCCAGCAAACCACGCUGCCCACCAUCCACGAGUCCCUGGACUGCGAUUCUGAGCUCUCCAGCGGGCCCGAGAGUAGCCAGAUUGAGGAGGAGGCAUUGCAGCUGGGAUCCGGGUGAGUGGGCAUCCUCGCAGUGAGUGUUCUGACUGCAGAGGGGCCCUUCCGUUGACUCUCUGGUGUGUCUCCUGCCUUGACCAACUUAACUCAUUUCCAGGGAGAGUCCGUUGCUCUUCCCCACUCUCCCCAACCAGUCUUUAUCUCACACACAUCUAAAAGGGGUCUAGGCACUGGCUGUAGCGAGUGCCGACCGCAGCUGGGGGGAAAGGGAACUCCUCAGAUGACAAGAAGCUUGUAGGGCUUGGAAGAACAGGCCCCUUGGUCUGUGGGGCAAAGCCCAGGCUGCCGAGCCUACAGUCAGCUUGCCUUCCCUCCAGUUGUAAGUGUGCAGGGUCUCUGACCCCCAGGGGCAGCAAAGGGGCUGCACCUAAAGGCUGCUCAGACAGCAGUUGGGUUGGAUGCUGAGCACCAGGCCAUCCUGCCUUGCUCUUGGGUUUUUUCUCUCAUCAGAGGGCGAUGGAAUCUCACAUUCAGCAGAGUGAAAGACCAGGGGACAUGCAUUGGGGCUGUCUCGGGAGAUAUCCAAGCUAGGGGCGCAUGAGCCGGCUGGGGGGAUGCAGGCAUCUCUUUGUGGGUUAACUGGAAGCUUUGUAAACUCCACUUUUGUACAAAAAAACAAGGGCUCGUCCUCCCUGGAGACCGUUUGAUACAGAGGCACAAGCAUGCAUGUUUGAAAACAAAAACUGGACUCUGCUUCGCUUGCCGGCUCGCGGGGACUGUGUGACAUCUCAAGGUGGCAUUAACAAGGCUCUGCUUCCAAUGCCUGUGGGGAAACUGGUGCAAAACGUCCCCUGUGUAUUGUCGGUGUUGAUCAUGGCUGUAUGUGACCAACGAUAAUAAACUGGUUUUCCUGGCUAA